AUGAGCCUCACUCCGGACGAGACCUGCCGGCUGCCGCUGAGCCUCGCCACGGUGAACGCGUGGUGCGCAGCGUACGUGGUGCUCAGUGCGCUGGCCGCGCUCGUCUGCGUGUGCGGGAUGCUGGGGAACGGAGCGGUGGUCUGGCUGCUGGGCUUCCGAGGGCAGAGGAACCCCUUCUGUGUCUACAUCCUCAACCUGGCAGCUGCUGACUUCCUCUUCCUCCUCUGCAUGGCCUCUAUGAUAAGUGUAGAUGCCAUUGUGGAGGACGACAACAAAAAGCCCCUGGAGGUGGUGCGGAGGGUAAAGUACUUUGCAUACACCGCGGGCCUGGGCCUGCUGACCGUGAUCAGCGUCCAGCGCUGCCUGUCUGUCCUCUUCCCCAUCUGGUACAAGGUCCGCAGGCCCCGGCACCUGUCCACCUGGGUGUGCAUUCUCCUCUGGGUACUGGCCCUCCUGUUGAACAUCCUGGUCUCUUUCUUCUGCAGCCGGUUUAAGGCUUACAACCAGCAUCAGUGUUCGACCAUGGACACUGUCCUGGGCAUCUUCAUUGUGGGCUUCUUGACACCUGUGAUGACACUGUCGAGCCUGGUCUUGUUGGUCCAAAUCCAGAGAAGACCCAAGCAGUGGCGCCGGCGACCUGCGAGGCUGGCCGUGGUCAUCCUCGCUUCGGUGCUGGUGUUCCUGGUCUGUUCUCUGCCCCUCGGCAUCUACUGGUUCAUCCUGUACUGGUCACACGUGGACCCUCAGCUGAAGACACUGCUUGCUGGCCUGUCUCGCUUCUUCUCAUCGCUGGGCAGCAGCUCCAACCCCUUCAUCUACUUCCUGGUGGGCAGGGGGAGGCGGAGCCACCACGAGUCCCUGGGGGUCAUGCUCAGAAGGGCGUUGCAGGAGGAACAGGAUGGGGAAAGUAAGGAGAUGCCCUCCACAGACACCAUUGAGAGCCAGGCGCCCACAGGGCCAGCCCAGGGGAGCCCGCCCUCGGAGAUCCGUGUGCCGGAAGCUACCUCCAGCCUGACCCUCCCUUGCUGCCCAUGUGGACUGUUUCGGGGUGCCUCAGAGACCUUCCAAGCCCCUGUGCUGGGAUCGCUGCUCUGUCAUGCCCCCCAGCCUCCCACAGGAGGCAAGGCCUGGACCCCACUCCACGUUCUGCGGAGAGGGCAGGUCUCAGGAACUCAGACAGGAAGUGAGGAAUCCUCCAUCGAGACCGACACCUGCAAGGCCAGUGUCCGGCCACAUGUGUGA